ACGGCCUCUCCCCCCGCCCCUCCCUCCCCACUCCGGUCCCCUCACCCACAGACUGGCUCCAGGCAGCGCCCGGGGCGGCGGCGACAGCGGCGGCAGCGGCGGGGUGCGGGCUGAGGGAGCCGGGCUUCGACGCCCCCCCCCUCACCCCCGUAUCCCAGGAGCUGUACCUAGUCCAGGAGGGGCUGGGGGGCUCCAUGGAGGUGAGAGGCGGAGUCACCUGCCCGCCCUCUAGCCCACCAGGCCUGAGGGAGGGACUUGAGCCCAAGGUAGCGUUUCGUGGAAGCGCGAAUCGCUGCUGGAACCUCGGUGCCGACCCCAGCAGUAGGCUAACGGACGUGUUCAACAGCGUGAUGCUGACCGGCUCCACGUCCUUCUAUGAUUGCUACAAAUCGCAGAGUGAAGACAGUGUUGAUCUAAGGCAGACCUAUACUCCACUUUCUUCAUCAGCAGAAUAUUCAAGUUCUAUAGAUUCUUCACUUUUCUAUGCACCAUGGUCUACUUAUGGAGAUGAUUCUAAACAGCCUUCUAAUUCUCAGAUCAAUGUAAAGAACAGGAUUCAAACGGAAAGAAAUGACUAUGGCAGUGAAACAGACUUAUAUGGACUUGUGUCUAACAUUUUGGAAGAACAAGACAAGUCACAGCCAUAUUUUGCUGAGGGGACCUGCUCCUCCAAUUUAAAGUCAGUUUGGCCAGUGAACACAAGCAGAUUUGCAGAUCACCAUGACCUCUUAACAGAAACCAAAAGGCCAAUAGAUACAGCCAUCUCUCAGCAAGCUUUUUAUAGUGGUGAAUCUGUGUCAGCAGUGGAAAAGCAAUACCUGCAUAAUAGUAAUCUAACACCACAGCAAAAAAUAGAUGAACUUUAUCAUGGAUUUACUGGGUUAGACCUUGAAGAACAAUGGAUGUACCCCUCACGAAGUGAUCAUUCUAAUUGUUACAAUAUCCAGACAAUUGAUACAGCUAAGACAACAUUCCAAGAUUUUCCAUUUAUCAAAAACUGUUUUACAUCACAGACUGGUCUGUCUGACAUCAUGAAAGAAUCAGGAAUUGAUACUUACCCUUAUGGAAGAGAGAAAAUAUGUGCUAAAGGUCUUGAAGCACCAUUACAGCAAAAAAGGGCAGAGAUGUUUCUUUCUCAAUUUAAUAGAUACAGUGAAAACACAGAUUAUUGUAGAUACCCAGAAUAUGUUCAUCCUAAUAAGGUUAAGCUUAAUAAGUGUUCAAAUUUUAAUGUCCAGGAUAGUAAAAAAUUAGCCAAUGGCACACCUGAAACACCAACGAUAGAAGCAGACACCUACACAAAGUUAUUUCAGGUUAAACCAGCAAAUCAGAAAAAAAUGGAAGAGACAAUAGCUGACCAGCAGAAUUUCACAUUUCCAAAAACCACACCACAUCUGACAGAAAAACAGUUGGCAAAUGAAGCAGCAUUCACUGCUGAUUUUGGCUUAAAAUCAGAAUAUGGACUAAAACCUCAUGCGGGUUGUCCAGCUAAUAAUGAUUUUGCUAAUGUCACAGAAAAACAACAAUUUACUAAACCCGACCCCUCAAAUUCUGAGUAUUUUAAAUCUGUGAAUUUAUUAUCAAACUCAGCAACACCUUCAGGAGGUAUCAGGUUAAACAGACCAACUUGGAUGAAUGUCCAAACAAAAAAUAACACUCCUAUUCCUUAUCGAAAUCAAGGUAACUUGAUGAAAUUAAAUAGUCACUUAAGUGUAGCUUCUAAAGUUUCUAACCAUUCUUCAGAUUUCCCCCAACUAUCAUCCACAAAUUUAACCCCAAAUAGCAGUUUAUUUCAGAAGUAUUGCCAAGAAAAUCCUUCAGCAUUUUCUAGUUUUGAUUUCAGUUACAAUGGUGCAGAAAGAAUUCAAUCUGUCAAUCACAUGGAAGGACUGACAAAGACUGGAGAAGAAAAUCUCUUUGAAUCAGUUACUGAUAAAAAAAUAAAGCAGCCAAAUGGAUUUUGUGAUAACUAUGCAACUCAGCAGUAUGGGAUCAUUGAAAAUGUAAACAAACAUAAUUUUCAAGCUAAGUCUCAGAGUGGACAUUAUGAUGCUGAGGAAGGUCCAAAGCACUUAGAUGGCUUAUCUCAAAAUACGUAUCAAGAUCUGUUGGAGUCACAGGGUCAUUUUAAUAGCCACAGACAGGGAAGUGGAGACAACAAUAUUAAUAGCCGUGUGAAUCGCACACAAGCAUCAUGCUUUUCUAAUAAUUAUAUGAUGGGAGAUUUAAGGCAUAAUCAGAGUUUUCAACAAGUUGGUUCAAAUGGGUUUCCCCUAAGAUCCACUCACCCAUUUGGCCAUUCAGUUGUUCCACUGUUGGAUUCUUAUGAUAUGUUUUCUUACGAUGACUUAAGCCAUUUGUACCCUUAUUUUAAUGAUAUGAUGUAUGGUGAUAAUUCGUUUUCUGGUUUCGUGCCAACUUUUGGAUUUCAAAGACCAAUUAAAACCCGUAGUGGACCAGCCAGUGAACUUCAUAUUCGACUAGAAGAGUGCUAUGAACAAUGGAGAGCAUUAGAAAAGGAGAGAAAAAAGACUGAAUUGGCCCUGGCCAAGAAUUACCCAGGAAAAAAAGUAUCCAGUACUAACAACACUCCAAUUCCAAGGCUGACCUCCAACCCAUCUCGAGUUGAUCGCUUAAUUGUGGACGAACUUCGAGAACAAGCCAGAGUUGUGACUCUACUAGGCAAAAUGGAACGUCUUCGAAGCUCUCCCCUUCAUGCCAAUAUCUCUACUGCUCUUGAUAGACACUUGGAGUCCAUUCACAUUGUACAGUCACGUAGAAAGGAUGAAAUUGUUAAUGCUUCAAAUCGGCAAAGGCAAGGAGUUCCUAGAUGCCAAGAUGACAGAGAUGUUUUUGCCCUUGCUUCAGCAAUUAAAGAGAUGUGUGUAGCUACUCGGAAAGCACGCACUACCCUGUGGUGUGCACUUCAGAUGACCUUGCCAAAAACAGCCAGUACAGCUGGCCAAACAGAUGUGGAAAAGGCUUUACAAGAUACAGUAAACUGUGAAGAUAAAGUCCAUGAAAACAUAAAUAAUAGCAAUCCAAUGAACCAGAGAGGUGAAGCAAACAAACAUUAAGGAAAUGUCA